AUGAAGACAAAAUCUGAAAACUGGUCAGGUCACUGUCCAGUACACGGCAUUUUACCCUUACCCCACCGGCACUUGUUCCCGCUGUCGAUCAUGCGGAUGCUGCUACUGGUGGUGCAAAUCUGCUUGAAGACACGGCGAAUUAUCCACAGAGUAAUAUAUUCAUUCUGUGAUUCGAUUCUGAAUUCCGAGAUCAUUAUCCAUUGACGGCACUUGUGCUGGGGUGUCCUAGAUAGAUGUCAAGGUACAAAUCCUACGGCUCCAAAGGUCUCACCGGUAAAAUACACAUGUUUAUUUCAAACGCAGAAAUUGAAUACACAUCCUGACAGUACGACAAGUCAAUCUAACCCAAAUAGGCAAUCAUAUCUGACCUCAGCUACACGAACGACAUCAAAGUCGUGAAAUGAAAGACAAGAGCCCUCGACGGACGAAAUAUCCAUUAUGACGGACCCAAUGGAUCUUCUAUCUCGGCCAGAUUCCCAAUUCAAUCACGGGGAGAACCCCAAAUCGCAGAACCAGGAGAAACAGCCCAAGCAAGAACAGCUGGAGGAUGGGAAGCAAGAGCAUGCAGCCUCGACCCCAACGCAAAAAGCACACAAUCUUUUACCGAAUACCUUCACGAUAAGCGGGGGAUACGAGGACAACAAUAUGAACCCGAUCACUUCUUCCGUUCUCGUCUUCCUCUCCUCCAUCCUGUCCUUCCUCGACACCUACAUCCUCCCUGCCCAUCUCCGCGCAGCGGUCCUCGAGACUGCGUUCACGCAUCCGCUGCUCACGACCUUCUUCCUCUGCCAGUUUGUCUGCUCAUGUAUCCCGGUCAUGAUCUUUCUGAUUGGGGCUAUGAUUGCGGGUGGUAUAGCGGUGGUGGUGUUUAGCUGUUUUGCGCUAUUGGUGCUGGGGCCUGUCCUGGUUGCUACGACCGUCACGGGUCUGUUUCUGUGGGGUUGGGGUUGGGCGACGUUCGUGGUUGGGAGGUGGUUGCUGAGACGGUAUAUGAGCGAAUCUGAGGAUGAGAAGGGUCGUGAACGGGACGGGGUGAAUGGUUUCAAUAAGUACGAUGCGGAGAAAGUGAAGGAGGAAUGGGCUUGAAGUUCCUAUUCCUUUGGAGUGCAGGGCUGUUUGCCUUACGUCUAACCUCCCAUAUGAGCGUUGCUUAAGCUCUU